UGCUCUGAUUAACAACAAAAUGUUCACUAAAGUGUUCGCCAUCAGCGCUGUCCUAGCGGCCGCCAACGCGGGUCUGCUGCCAGUGCACCACGCCGCGGUGUCCUCCCAGAGCAUAGUGCGCCAUGACGCUCCCGUGCACUACGCCGCGCACUAUGCGCCGGCGCACAUCGCCACUGCGCACUACGUCCACGCCGCGCCCGUCGUCCACGCCGCCCCCAUCGUCCACGCUGCCCCCCUCGUCCAUGCUGCCCCCAUCGCUCAUGAAUACUCCCACCCCAAAUACGACUACUCGUACUCCGUGGCUGACCCUCACACCGGCGACCACAAGUCCCAGCACGAGUCCCGCGACGGUGGCGCCGUGCACGGCAGCUACUCCCUCGUCGAGCCCGACGGCUCCGUCCGCAAGGUCGAGUACACCGCUGACGACCACCAUGGUUUCAACGCCGUAGUCCACAAGACCGCCGGCCACCACCCCGCGCCCGUUGCGCACGCGGCGCACUACGUCGCUCUCGCGCCCGCCCAUGGGCAUCAUGGCCUCCACUACUAGACUAUAAUGCGCGCGUGCUAUGACUGAUGAAUGUGAUAUUUAAGUGUACAUAUGAUGAUGAAUAUACUCAUGUAAAUAAAUACUCAGCUGCUGAAUA